AUGUCGCGUGAAAGUACCGCGGAGCAGCAUGGCAUACCAGACGAAGGAGAGGAAGAGUUCGAGCUAAUCAGGAACUACGAGGACUUCACGACUAUUGAUUGGAUACAGGACUCCAUUAUCGAGCGCAAUAGACGGCUCAGGAAUGCCCAAAAGGUCCACGCUGCGCGCCGCGGUCCCCGGGGCGAGCUUACCGUCGCCUGGGUAUGGUCUCAUCUGUGGAAGAUCCUGAACAGCGCGCAGAGCUGGAUCGUCGUCAGUCUAGUAGGUAUGUGCAUUGGAGUGAACGCCGCCAUCAUCUCCAUCAUCACUGCUUGGCUGUCCGACCUUAAGUUGGGCUACUGCUCGGACGGGUGGUGGCUGAACCGGCAGUUCUGCUGCUGGGAGAUCGAGGGCGGCGACGACGCGUGCGACUCGUGGCAUGCUUGGAGCACCGCUGCGCCAGGGAGAUGGGCUAUAUACGUGCUCUUUGCUGCUUCAUUCUCCUUCGUAGCCGCCCAUCUCGUCCGUUCUUUGGCGAAGUAUGCUGCAGGCUCAGGUAUAUCAGAGAUCAAGUGCAUCCUUGCCGGGUUUAUCAUGAAGGGAUAUCUCGGUUUCUGGACAUUUGUGCUCAAGAGUAUGACUCUGCCCCUAGUAAUUGCCUCUGGCCUGUCGGUCGGGAAAGAAGGCCCCUCGGUGCAUGUAGCUUGCUGCAUCGGAAAUCUCGUCGCGAGUUUAUUCAAGAGGUAUUCGCGUAGUCAGGGCAAGAUGAGAGAAAUCUUAACUGCCUCAAGUGCAGCUGGCGUUGCGGUCGCGUUCGGUUCACCGAUAGGAGGUGUGCUUUUCUCCAUAGAGGAAAUGAGCAAUACUUUCAGCAUCAAGACCAUGUGGAGAAGCUUCUUCUGUGCGCUGAUGGCUACAGUCACACUUUCGGCAAUGAAUCCAUUCCGAAGCGGUAAAUUGGUGCUGUUCCAAGUCACCUAUGACAGAGACUGGCAUUUCUUUGAGAUCAUAUUCUUCAUCAUCCUGGGCAUAUUCGGGGGUUUAUAUGGCGCUUUCGUGGUAAAGUUCAACUUGCAAUUCGCUGCCUUCCGCCGCAAACAUCUCGCAAACUAUCCUGUCGCGGAAGCGGUCACGCUAGCCACCAUCACUGCGAUGGUAGGGUGGGUGAACCGGUUCACUCGCAUCGACAUGACGGAGAGCAUGUCGAUUCUGUUCCGCGAAUGUCAGGGCCAUGGAGACUACGACAAUAUUUGCCAGACCUCUGUGCAAUGGCCGAUGGUCAAUUCCCUAUUCCUUGCCACGAUCCUACGCAUAGGGCUCGUUGUCGUGUCAUACGGCUGCAAGGUGCCCGCAGGCAUCUUCGUGCCUUCGAUGGCCAUCGGCGCGACGUUCGGGCGGAUGGUGGGCAUCAUAGUCAAGGCGAUGUACCGUGCGUAUCCUGAGUCGAGCAUGUUUGCGGUGUGUCAGCUGGAUACACAAUGCAUCACUCCUGGGACGUACGCGUUCCUCGGGGCCGCUGCAGCGCUGAGUGGGAUUAUGAGACUCACAGUGACCGUCGUUGUCAUCAUGUUCGAGCUGACCGGGGCCCUGACCUACAUUUUGCCUACUAUGAUUGUGCUUCUCGUCACGAAAGCCGUCGGAGACUUCCUCGGUACGAACGGCAUUGCGGACGAGAUGAUCCGAUUCAAUGGAUUUCCAUUUCUCGAGAAAGACGAUCAAGCUUACAAUGUACCCGUUUCAAGAGUAAUGCGUAGAGAGCUACAUACCUUGCCCGCAUCAGGUAUCUGUGUGCGUGACAUCGAGGAACGCCUGGCUAGCACUAACGUGAAAGGCUUUCCAAUUACUUCUCCCGAUGCACGCCAUUCUCUCGUGGGAUACAUCGAGCGUUCAGAACUACUGUAUGUGCUAGACAAGGCACGCAAAGUGCGAAAUAUCUCCCCUGAGACCCCUUGUUCUUUCGCGUCAAAUGAAGAGGACCAGCGUCGAGUUGAAUACCCGGGCAUCGCUACAGGGCCUGCUGUAGGAAUCGACGAGGAUAUUUCGAUGGAGAUCAUCGAGACAUCGGCUACGCCGGACGUCCUCAAGUUCUGGCCGUGGGUCAACCAAACGCCUCUCACGGUCUCUCCCCAACUUCCGUUGGAGAUUGUGAUGCAACUAUUCAAAAGAAUGGGACCUCGUGUUAUCCUGGUCGAAGAUCACGGAGCACUUGCGGGCCUUGUCACGUUGAAAGAUGUUCUGCGGUUUACCCUCACAGAGCAAAGCGAAGUGGAGUCUCCAUGGAACCAGCGCCAGUUUGAGGGAAUCGUGGAGGAAGUGUGGACAUGGACCAGUUAUCAGUUUGAUAAAGCGAUCUCGUGGUGUCGAAGGCUUGUUGGGCGAUAA